UAGAGUAUCGAACGUCACUAAGCUAAGCUAUUGUAGCUAAUAUCAGUCUCGUAUGUACAUCUGCCAUUUUUUUCUUUGUAAAUAAUUUCAAUACGAGUUGAAUUCGAAAAGAAUUUUCUCAAUUCAAAAGAUAAUAAAAAGUGCAACACGCAAUUGAAAUCAUCUUCAAGAUGGGUGGAAAAACGAAGCAUCAACAGCGUACGAAAAAUAACACAAAACCAUCGAGUAGUGGGCGAUCAGCUGAAUUAUUAGCAUCAUCAACGAUACCAACCGUUGGUUUUGCGAAUGUGACACAGUUCGGUUUUUUGCCCACAAUGUUACAAGACUUUUCAGCUGUGGCAACCGAUACAAGCAAUGGCAUCGAAGACAUGGACUCAUCAUUGGACACAAAUUAUCAAUUGGUUUUUCGUAAGAUGACAAAAAAGGAUCCAAUCACCAAGGUUAAAGCGUUACAAGAAUUCAGUGAGCUCAUUUUGAAAACCGAACCAAACAUUAUCAAAACAAUUUUACCAUUUUGGCCACGUUUGUACAAUAAUCUAUCGACCGAUGUUGAGCAUCGGGUUCGUGAAGCCGCCCAACAGGCACAAUCCGCAUUGAUGACACAAGCUGGAAAAAAUAUUGCACCAUAUUUAAAACAAAUUGCACCCGCUUGGAUAACCAGUCAAUAUGAUACAUAUGCACCGGCCGCCAGUAUUGCAACGCAAAGUUUCCAAAAAUCAUUUCCCGCUCAUAAGCUGCAGGACGUUUUCAAUUUUUGCCAAAACGAAAUACUCGACUAUAUCACCAAAAAUUUAAUCGUUUACACAGCAACAACUCUAUCAAAUCCACAAUCCAAUACACUGGAAGAAUGUGAAGCGAAAUAUCAACGUGUACUGAUUUGUAGUUUAAAAGGAUAUGCAAUGUAUUUAACAAAAAUUUCGGACGAACAUAUGCAAGAAGCGUCCAACAAAAAUACUGCGUUGAUUGAAAAUCAAAAAUUUUGGUCAUAUCAAAAGCAUAAGAAUCCCGGCAUUCGAGCUGCAUGGUUUGAAACGAUGAAUGUAUUAUUGCAAUCAAAUGUGGACUUAACAAAAUAUGAAAAGCAAUUGACAGUGGCUGCCUUACAAAAUAUCGACGAGACUGAAACUGUUGUGUUGCCUCACCUUUGGACGACAGUAUUAUUGGUGAUGCAACGGUUCGUUGAAUGGCCCACCUACAUAAAUAUGGAAAAAGCGUUGUUACCGAAAUUGUGGAAAAUUUUGAAAUGUGGCGGCGGUGGUAGCGCCGAAACAAUUUUUCCACACUUUUUGCCAUUGUUAUCAAAAUUGAAUCGUGAUAUUCUUGGCGAAAAGGUACUUACAUUCUAUGGCAAUUUCUUUGAAAAUCUAAACAUUGGUUUGUGUGCACGUUUGGCUUAUCAAGCCAACAGUCGAUCAGAUAUUACGGCUAUAUCGAACGCAUACUAUGAAUGUCUACAAUACAUUGUGAUUCAAGUGCAAGGCUUUUCACCCGAAAUGUUUGAAGAUGGCCAAAACGCAAGUGAAUACAGCUUAAAUUUACUGCAACAACAUGUGAUCGAUGUUAUUGGUUAUCUGUUGACCAAUCACGCGACAAUAAAUGGUAAAUACGUUUUGGUACGUAUGGUCGAACUGAUACAAUUUUGGAAUCAAAAUGGUGGCAAUAAUCAAAUUUAUAGCGCUCUAUUGGCUCGAUUCUGGACAGAGUUAUAUCCAACGAUUGAAAAUUCCUUUGAUAAAAGAACAUUUGAGGAUCAACACCUUCGUUCAAAACUUGAGCUGGUACAUGAUUUGGUUCAAUUGUUGCGAUCAAAAUCAUCGAAUGUAAAUAAAAUCAAAUCGUCCAAAGUGAAAUUCAACAUCGACACCGAUGCGGAGGCAAACGAUCAAAUUGAUGGCAUCGCGAAAAAAGUGUCCAACGAUGAAAUCACAUUCUUCAAAGACGAAAUAUCCGAUUUAAUUGUAAAAUUGUGUAAAUUUUAUAUGAAAAAGACAUCGAAUAGUAUAAGCGAUUAUUAUGUACGACCAUUGGAGUGUUUGCUGCAUGAAUUUGGCACAAGUGCAACAUUUUUCGAACAACUUUGUGGUUCGCAAGAGGACAUACCAAAAUUAUAUGAUAAAUUUGCCAGUUGGUUGCUCCUCAAGGAAAUACGCUCCGAAAGUGUACUCGAUAUUACAUUGAAAUUGUAUCCACAUUUGAAUGCAACCGAAAAGUCAAAAAUGUUGAAUAAACUAUUGAAAUUCCCAAAUGAAAAUGUAAAAAAUUGGACCCUAACACGAUUGCUGAGUCAUCCGUUGUGCGCUGAAGCAGAAGUGAUACGUCUUCUUUCGCAGCCAAUUGUUACCGAACAAAUAAUUAAAAAUGCCAGAGAGUUGAUCACCGAAAAUGCCAACGAAACCAUAAAUUUGAUGCAUAAAUGCUUCUUUCAAAUGGAAAGCGGUCAUAUUUUGAUUGAUAACCAUACAUGCGAAAGUAUCAUUGAGAUUCUCUGUAAUGCAUUGAUCGAUCCAAAUGUCGAUGACAAUGUAUUGGAUACGUGCGUAAGUUUCUUGUCACAGGUGAUGCCAGUCAUUUGUGGUGACACGAAAAAAGUUGACAUUCGCAAUAAAAUGUUUGUAAAAUUGUUCGAUUUGUGCGUUGACAAAAAUCGCCUGGCCAUGUUAAAUGAAGAUACACUCUGGGAAGCGGUUACCUCAUGGCAAGAUGCAUUGUCCAGCAACGAUAUCGAAUUAACCGAUGAUCUAUUGGAAACAUGUUCGAACAUAAUCAAAGAUAGCCUAGUGGCGGCUAUUUCAGAUCAAAGCACCACCAUCAAUCACAUUGAUACGAUUUCUGAAAUUGUAUCAAAAUUGAUUUUAUGUUCAAUUGAACGGUUUGAUGAUAACGAUGAACAAAAAUACCAACAUGCCGACAAAAUAAUUGCAAACUUAUUUGCCAAAUUCGAUACCGAAUACAAUAUGUAUUUGAAUGGUUGCCUUCAAGCGUGCACAUUUAUUGAAUUAUUAAAUGGUAAUAUGACGGCCGUUCCAUCGAUACUGUCACAAUUGGACAACGAUUUAGGUACGCUGGAUGUGUAUAAAAAUGCAAAUGCUUUACUAAAAUUGGCAACAUUCAAGUUUCGUACGAUAUUCAAAAUCACAUGUACCGUGCCCAAAAGCCGCAAAAAUAGCGAAAAUGAGACUGAAAACGAAGACGAUGAUGACGCCGAAGUGGAUGUUGUAAAACCAUUGGAUGAAGAGCACACCGAAGACUUUUUCGAUUUGAAUGAAUCAUUGUUGAAGAAAUGGUCGGACAAAAUCUUUGCAGAAAUUCACGGUGCAAUUUAUAUAGGCGGAAUAUUCAAUAGCUUUUUGGAUAAUUUCAAUUUGUCAUCGACAUUCGAAGAAUUUAUCCUUUACUUCCAAGAGACAGUUCACCUAUUUUUGACCCACAUUGCCGAAGAAAAAGUUGAUCUUAUUGUUAAGUAUUGGAUCAAUGCCGAACGACUUGAUGAUCCAUUUGCGGUGAAUAGCACGUUACUUUUACAAGAAAUCGGACCGUAUAAAAGCCAGGAGAAUUGUUUGGCCUUACUUCACAAUGAUCUAAAUAAAGUUUGCAAUGGCACCGAAAAUUUACAGCAAUACAUCAAUGUUUUGUUGACGUAUACACAGAAAUUGUCGCUGCGACAAUUAUCGAUCAGUGCUAAUAUCUUUGACAGUUCAAUCGAACCACAUUUAAGAGCAAUUGGUUUGCGAUGCUUGUUGAGGAACUACUUCACAUCCGAUAGCAAUGAGAUUGGCGAUCAACAAGUUGUCAACGAAUGUCUGAAUCUUAUUGAAGAGCUUUACGUACAAUCAAAAACAAAUAAGGAGUUUUUACUUUAUAACGAAAAUAUAUUGACGGUUAGCGACGAAAAAGUGCUUCAAAUCACCGAAUAUGUACGAUUUUUGGCUGAUGUUAUUCAAUUAUUCCCUGGUAACAUCACCGAAAAGGGAUGGGAUUUCAUUCGUAUUGCAAUUAGCUCUUGGGUUUUAACACUGUCGAAGAGCAGUGAUCAUUGGAAAAGUCCAAAGAUCGCUGUGUUUACAUCAGCAAUUUACAAAAUGUUCGAGGUGCUGUAUGGAUUCAUCGGAGAAGAACGUGCCAAGAGUUCAACAAGAGUCGUGUCCCAAGUGAUUGACGAAUGGGAACACGUUUUCGCAAAGGAUGUUAAUUUGAUUCUAUUAAAAUGUUUCAUAAGAUUCAUUCAGGCAAAUGCCGCAGCUAGUGACAAUCGUCAAGAGUAUUUCUUGAAAAUAUUGAGCCAAGCAAUAAAUCAUGUAGACUUUAAGUACGUUGAAGUGGCGCAUAAGAUCGAUUCAAAGACGAGCAUCGACGACUUGAUACAAUUUUGUUUAACAAAUUUAUCACAUGAAUACCAUAUUGUUCGCGUUGGAUGUGCAACAAUCAUAAAACGAAUGAUGAAAUAUCUCAUUCAAAGUGACACCGAACAGUUAAGCAAGCGGCAGGAAAAACAAACAACGCUCGACGACUCAACCGAUUCAAUUGAAUGGCAUCUUUUACAUAAAUUCCGAAACAUAUUAACCGCCCAAAAUGAGUGGACGCAGAAUUUCAUUGAAGAAUUCAACUUUAAAUUAACCGAGUUGGACGAUUUCAGUGAGAUUCCAUGCGAAUGUUCAAUUCCAUUUAUGUUGCUUUGGCAUUGUAUUUUAACCAUUUGUGAUGAUGCAUCGUCUGAAUUACGUUCGAUUUACGCUUCAUAUUUGGUGGAAGAGAAAUUCGAUCAAACAUUUUUGCAAAUGCUGUUCCGUAUGAUGCCCGCCGAUGAAGUGCUACGAAGUCAAGAGAUUAAGACAACCGGAAGUGCAUACUUUACCGCAGUUACAUGGCAACAAAUUGCCAAUGAUGAAAUUACAUCGGAACGUUAUGCAUGCUAUUUGUAUACAUUGGCAUUGAAAUACUUACCGGCAGUCGUACGACGUUGGUGGACCAAUUCGCAUCCACGUCAAAAAUCGCUGGUUGAUAAAAUCACAACGGCAUUUGUAUCCACACAAUUGUGUAACGAUGAAUUCCGUGCAUUGCUCGAUAAAAAUGAAAAGCACGAUUCAUUUCAAAUAACCGUACACUCGACAACACGUGAAGUGCAUGCAACAUAUGUUAUUGACGAGGCUUGCAUGGAGUUGAUCAUACAAUUACCAGUAAAUUAUCCGCUUGGCGUUGUGAAAGUGAAUUGUGGCCAACAAAUUGGCGAUAAACUUCAAUCACGUCAGGUUGUUAUGCAAUUGUCCAUCUUUUUGACACAUCAAAAUGGUUCCAUUUGGAAUGGUCUGUCGUUGUGGAAGAGGAAUCUUGAUCGAAAAUUCGAUGGCGUUGAAGAGUGCUACGUGUGUUACAGUGUUAUACAUCAAGAAACUUGUCAAUUACCAAAACUUACAUGCAAAACAUGCAAAAAGAAAUUCCAUGGUCAAUGUUUGUACAAAUGGUUCAACACAAGCAAUAAGUCAACUUGCCCUAUCUGCAGGAAUAUGUUUUAAUUUAUUUGUAGAUAAAUUAUAUAUUGGAUGCGCACAAAUCUCAGGUACCGUUCAAAGCAAAAAAAGAGAUAUCAAUUCGCAGUUAAAUUAAAACAAAAAAAGAAUAUUUUCGUAUCAAUUUGAAGCAUUGUAAAUAAGGCAAACUUAAAAAAAAUUCAAAUAAAUUGAGAAACUAAUUAGAUUUUUUUUGCUGAAUGAA